AUGGACCAACAGAAUAACAAUCAGCACCUUCAUCUUCACUACUCCACGCCUGCCUCGCAAUGGUCGGAAAGUCUGCCGGUGGGCAACGGCCGAUUAGGCGCCGUGGUCUACGGACGGACUGACACAGAGCUUAUGCAGCUCAACGAGGACUCGGUCUGGUACGGCGGCCCAUUGGAUAGGACACCCAAGGACGCCUACCGCAUGCUCCCCGAGCUUCGGCAGCUCAUUCGAGACGAGAAGCCCAGUGAAGCAGAAGCCAUAGUCAAACAGGCCUUCUUCGCUUCGCCCGCCAGCAUGCGGCACUAUGAGCCCCUAGGCUCUUGUACUCUCGAGUUUGGCCACGAGAUGUCUGACGUGACCGAGUACCGGCGCCACCUGGAUCUCGCUACUUCACAAACAGUCGUUGAGUACAAACAUCACGGCGUGUCGUACCGCCGCCAUAUCAUCGCCAGCUUCCCAGAUCAUGUUCUAUUACUGAGGUUUACCUCUUCGGAGCCAACCCAGUUCGUCAUCCGAUUGGAUCGUGUCAACCAUGUCGAAACUGAGACGAACGUAUACCUAGACCAAAUCACAGCACAGGGUUCUCGCAUAGUUGUUCAUGCCACGCCCGGUGGUGCGAACAGCAAUCGACUGUGUCUCGUGCUCGGCGUCACUCUCGAUGACGACCUGGGCAAAAUCGAGGCCAUCGGAGACUGUCUCGUCGUGACCUGCUGCUCCUGCCUCAUCGCACUGGGAGCGCAGACGACAUAUCGUCACCCAGAUUCCGAGCUCGCUGCUACAACCAACGUUGACAAUGCGCUAGCCCAGCCUUGGGACCAGUUGCUUCGACGACACCGGGCAGACUACUCGAGUCUUUUCGGCCGGAUGAAUCUUCGCAUGUGGCCGGACGCGUGCCAUAUGCCAACAGACGAGCGGAUCAGGACAGCGCGAGACCCAGGGUUAGUUGCCUUGUAUCACAACUACGGCCGUUAUCUCUUGAUAUCGUGCAGUCGAGAGUCUCCCAAGGCGUUACCAGCAACACUCCAGGGGAUUUGGAACCCCAUGUUUGCCCCGCCUUGGGGAUCCAAGUACACAAUCAACAUCAAUCUGCAGAUGAACUACUGGCCCGCAGCGCCGUGUAGUCUUCUCGACGACUGCGCACGCCCCGUCAUCGAUAUGCUAGAACGCAUGGCCGUCCGCGGCCGCAAGACGGCGCAACUCAUGUAUGGCUGUCGAGGCUGGUGCGCUCAUCACAACACGGAUAUCUGGGCAGAUACGAGCCCGCAGGACCGCUGGAUGCCUGCAACCGUAUGGCCGCUUGGAGGCGUUUGGCUAUCUGUUGACAUGAUGGAAAGUUUGCACUACCAAUAUGACGAGGUGCUUCAUCGGCGCCUCUUCCGAAUCCACCAAGGCGCCGUCGAGUUCCUGAUGGACUUUCUCAUUCCUUCGGCGUGUGGCCAAUAUCUCCUGACGAACCCCUCCCUAUCUCCAGAGAAUACCUACAUCACGGCCUCUGGAGAAAAGAGCAUAUUCUGUGAGGGCUCCGCCAUUGAUAUGACCUUGGUUCGGGUCGCAUUUACACAGUUUCUCUGGAGCAUCGACAUGUUGGGCGACGCCAGCGAUCCCUUGCGCAGUAUUGUCCAAGAUGCCCUGCAAAGGCUCCCACCUCUGACUUUGAACGAAGCUGGACUCAUACAAGAAUGGGGCUUAAACGACUACCAAGAAGACGAGCCGGGACAUCGCCACAUAUCCCACCUCUUUGGUCUCCAUCCUGCCGAUAUAAUCAGUCCCGUCAAGUCCCCAGAGCUGACAGAGGCGGCAAGAAAAGUCCUCCAGAGGCGGAUGGAUCAUGGAGGCGGCCACACAGGCUGGAGCCGCGCUUGGUUGCUCAACCUCCAUGCGAGGUUGUUGGAUGCUGAAGCCUGCGGUGAGAAUAUGGAUCUCCUUUUGGGGAAUUCCACGUUGCCCAACAUGCUGGACACGCACCCGCCGUUCCAAAUUGAUGGCAAUUUUGGCGCAUGUGCUGGCAUUCUCGAGUGUCUGGUGCAGUCAACCGAAACAAAGACCAACGGUAACUGUGCUGUUGAAGUUCGGCUGCUUCCAGCAUGUCCUAGUCGUUGGGAGAAGGGGAGGCUGGAGAGAGUGCGGGUCAAGCAAGGGUGGCUAGUAUCGUUUACGUGGGAGGAUGGCCACGUUGUUGAUCCUGUGGUCAUAGAGGGUACACAGAGCCGGAGCUUCGAUGCCCAUGUUGUAUUUCCAAACGGGGACAAGGCCAUUGUUGAGGGGAAUCAGGUGGGAGAGCACUAUGUUCGGGGGAGUAGGGCAUAG